AUGACCGAGACCGCGCUCGUCAUCGCGCGGACGCCCGCGGAUAAGUACCGCGUGCGAGCGUGCGCGCAAUGCGACAGAAAAGGCGACGCACUCGCGAUUCAUUGGCGACGCGGGCACGACCCAUCGUCCGCGCUGUUCGGGAAGGAUCUGUGCGAUAAGUGCGGUAAAGCCGAGAGCCGACGGUUGGUGAAGGAGCGAGGCGCGGUCCCGCGCGUGGUGUUUCGAGGAACGACGGACGGCGCGACGAGGGCGCCGAGGGCGUCGGGGAAGACGUCGGGGACGAGACGACGAAGGGCGCCGGCGGUUGGCGGAGAGAAGACGCCGCCGGCGAAGGCGAGAUCGCGACCGGAGACGAAGCUCGGCGCUAAGAAAGCGGUGAGAAAGGCGAAGACGUCGCACGCUGGGUUGGGGUCGAUCGCGGUGGUGCGUGAAAAGCUGAGACAAUUGGCGACGGAGGAACCGUAUUACGCGUGCGAAUCCUGGCGGCGAACGCCGUACGACAUCACUCCGUACGAUGUGCUGCCGGAUGGUGCGUACGUCGCGGGCGUCGGUGUCGAAGAUGAGGACGCGAAAGUGUUGUUUGAUCGGUUGAACACGUCGGUGAGGGAUGGAUGGACGGAUUACGUGCCCGUGAGCGUGAGCGACGGGACCGCGGCGGCGGCGACGGGACAGCAACCGUCGAUGAAGGCGCACAGUGGACUGGAAUUAGAUUUGUCCACGGAGAAGUUGCGCACGCCGUUGCGUUUGGGGGUGGAUGUGGAGGAAAGAUCGCUGUGGGGGAUGGAUUGUUUCACGCGCGAAGCGAUUUUGGCCAGCAUAUCUGGGGUGACGUGGUACGCGGGCGACGAGAAUCGGCCCAGGCGAGUGGAGUAUUUGCAACAGCGAUUUCUACCGAAGUUGCACACGCUCGGCGCUGAUGGCUGGGAUGCGUCGCGUGUGGCGCAGUGCGUGCUCGAUGAUGCGAUAAAGAAUGGUGAGAAACACACGGCGAUGGCUUCGCGCGCGUUGCUGAGAGUUAUUGCGGAGUGCGACGACGACUACGCCCGGGCGCCGGCGCCGAAAAAGAAGAAGGCAAACUCUACGACGACUACGGGAGAAGUCAAGGCGGAGGAUCAUACAGAAGAAAUCGUCGAAUCCCAUGAUCCGCGCGCUAGGCGCGAGAGAUUUCGAAUCCAUCCCAAAGGUACGGGUGUGGUAUGCAUAAAUCCCAACGGCUUGAAGGCGGGUACGUUCGUGAAUCACUACAUCGGUGAAAUUUAUUCGCCGUGGAAGUGGUACGAACGGCAAGACGCCAUAAAAAAGUGUUACCCCGGCAUGGAGCUUCCCUCGUUCUUCAACAUCACGCUGGAGCGUCCGCCGCACGAUGAUCGUGGGCGGCACGUCAGCUUCGUCGAAGCGAUGCACAAAGGCUGCUUUGCGUCGCGGCUUUCGCACUCGUGCGAACCGAAUUGUCAAACGGUGACGUUCGCAAAGGGAGGCAAGCUUACCCUCGGUAUGUUCACCACGCAAGACAUCGCGUACGGCGAAGAGAUGACGUGGGACUAUAGUUGCAUCACCGAAAGCGCCGAGGAAUACCGUACUGGAUUUUGUCUGUGCUCGUCUCCAACGUGCCGAGGUUCGUUCCUCACGUAUUCGGGCUCGGGCGCGUUCACGGCGGUGGUGAACAAAAAGCACGCAUUUUUACAUCGCAACGCCAUACUUUUCAAGGCGAGCACGUCUGCGUUGACGAAUGUUGAUCGUAAGAUGCUACAUGACAGCGGUAUCCGCGAAUGUGCGCUCGAACAUUGUCCGGACUGGGUCGUCAAGUGGGCGGCGUUGACUCUCGAGUACAUCAAGCUAGAGGAGAACGAACUCCCGAACGAGUUGAUGAGCUUGCCCGCGACGCGUUUCGGUCGGUACAACGAACUCGGGGCAAAAAGCGAAGCAACUGGGGUGGCGGCAACGAGGAUCACGAACCUUAUCGUUACGCUCGAUAAAAUCCGGUACGUGUUGACGCGAUCCGGACAGGAACGAGCUCCAUUCUUUCGAGUUUUGACAGAGAGCGAAGUGAUCGAGCACCUUUGGAGCGGUGACGAGUCCAUAUUACGACGAAUCUUGCGCUCAAUAUUAGCCGGCGCAGGGGCGAAGAAAGGGUCAAAUUCUGUUGGCAAGAGUCGAUUAGUCAUGGCGAAGAUGCCAAAAACCGGCGACGCUCGCGUCGACGCGGCGAUGAAAGCGAUUCAGGAACGCAUCGACAUUGAUGAACGACCGAAGACCGCUAGUGAUUUGUUGUGGUUUUACGCCAACACUCGCAACUGGUUCACACACGCCAAGCUCGAUAACGUCAUUUCGCCCGCGGUGAACAUCGAUGAUGUGGCGAGCGUGAUACCGACGACGCAGCGAAAGCACAUCCCUAACGCAUUCCGUGGUAACAGGGAGGCGAUGCUGCAAAAACGGUACGGUGCUCUUUACGUAUGGGGGCAGUUGGUGACGUGGUACAAGCAAACCAUUUACAGUCCCGAUUCUUCGCUCAGCGCCGAUCGUCGCGGGACUUUGUCGUUGCCAGAUCCCGAGAGUUGUUGCAGCGCCGCGCCGUCGGCGUACGUGAACAAAGAGCGAAAGGAACUGUUCAAGGCUCUCCGCAAGAACAAGCAUCAGUCUUGGCCGACGGCGACGUCGUGGAGUUUCAAAAAUCCAGCCAAGGUGUACGGCUCACCGAUGUUCGACGACGCGUUGCGAGAGAUGUACCCGAAAGAGUACGCCUCGACCACGUCCUUCACCACUUUACUCGACAAGCACGAACGUCAGUCUAUGUAG